AUGCGGUGGCACUACUCUAAGAGACCUAAAGAGGAUGACGUGAUUAGACACCCUGCAGAUGCAGAAGAGUGGAAGCAUUUUGACAGACGUCAUCCAUCAUUCGCACUUGAGCCUAGAAAUGUGAGAUUGGGAUUGGCCACCGACUGGUUCAAUCCCUUUGGUAACAUGAGUAACGCUUACAGUGUGUGGCCUGUUAUUUUAGUCCCGUACAACUUACCCCUGUGGAAGUGCAUGAAACUUGAGUCGUUGAUGUUGUCUCUUUUGGUGCUAGGACGCACUGCCUCUGGAAAAGACAUGAAUGUUUUUAUGAGACCAUUGAUUGAUGGAUUGAGAGAGUUGUGGGAUUCAGGUGUCCAAGCUCGAGAUGCUUACAAUGGGACCGUGUUCACACUAAGAGCUGCCAUUUUGUGGACCAUUAAUGACUUCUCGGCGUAUGCAAUGAUGUCUGGAUGGAGCACCAAAGGGUACAAGGCGUGCCCCACCUAUAAGGAGCACACUCCUUCCAUUGGAUUGCACAUCAAGAUUGGUUAUGUUGGCCACAGAAGGUUUCUUGAAAUGGAUGAUGCAAGGCGUAGAAGUAAAAAAUACGAUGGGAAAAUUGAGAAAAGACCACCUCCUCCACAAUUGUUGGGGGACGAUAUUUUAGCUCAGCUUGAGCAGUUCCAAUUUCGUUUGCCUGGAAAACACAAGCAAUUUGGUGGAGUCAAAGGUAAACGUUCUUUCCCAGACGGAUUCACUUCAAAUUUAGAGAAAAAUGUCAAUGAGACUGAAGAUAAAAUUUUCGGUCUGAAGUCUCACGAUUUUCAUGUGUUGCUACAAUGCUUGAUGCCUGGUGGCAUUAGAAAGUUCUUCAAGAAAGAAGUUAGGGAUACCAUAACUGAGUUCUGUGUAUUUUUCCAGAAAUGGUGCUGUAAGACAUUGAAUGUUACAGACUUGCAGAUCAUGCAAAAAAGUAUUCUAGACAUUCUUUGCAAAUUGGAAACCAUUUUCCCACCAGCAUUUUUUGACAUAAUUGUUCACUUGGUGAUGCAUUUACCUAAAGAAGCGAUGGUUGGGGGACCAAUGCACUUCAGGUGGAUGUAUCCAAUCGAACGAGCCAUGUCUGUGUACAAACAAUAUGUCAAAAAUCGUUCUCGACCGGAAGGAUCUAUUUCUGAAGCUUAUGCAGUUAACGAAGCCUUAACCUUCUGUUCAAUGUACUUCCGGGUAAUAGAAACUCGAUUUAAUCGUGAAGAUCGAAAUAGUGAUGUCCUCCCAAAUAAGCCUGAAAGGGAAUUCUCUAUAUUUAAGCAUGUUGGGCGACCAAUUGGUCAGAGGACCAUUGUUGCUUUACCAAUGCAAGAUAAAUUGAAGGCAGAGUGGUACAUUCUGAACAAUUUGAGCAAAGGAACAAGCUACAACUUAGGGGUCAAUGAGACAAUUCAAGAGAAUGAGUUUCCUAGUUGGUUCAAGUCUCGAAUCAAUCAACUUCGAGCAGAUAAUCCUGCAGAAGUAUCAGAUGAGUUGUAUGCCAUUGCAAAUCCCUCUAACCCAACAUGUUAUUGUUAUCCUGGAUGUAUUGUUAACGGUAUCAAAUUCUUGGUCGAGGAUCGGGAUGAAAAUCGUAAGACCCAAAACAGUGGUAUUUUGAAUGGAGUUGAUUGGAACCUUGUCAAUUUUUACACCCCUCGCAAUGUCUGGGACUUUUUGGAUGAGGAUGAUGAUGAGACAACAACUAUACAAGAAAGAAACUCUUCAGGAAUUUCUUUAGUCGUUCAACUUCCACAAUUGGAUGAUGUAUAA